CGCAUGCUCGAAGAAGGGGCGGGACCCAGCAGCCCAGUGAGAUCAAACUUCCGGCGAGGAACAUGGCGGGAGCCUUGCUGGUGUUGGUGGUUCCGCGGGGGCCGGCGUCCCGGGGAUUGCUCCGAAACUGUUGGGAUUUUCUGCAGCGGAAAUUCCAGCAAAGCUGGCCAGGUCUUCCCAGUCCUCCGUGGGGACCAGCAUUAGCUGUCCAGGGCCCAGUGAUAUUUACAGAGCCAGCAAAUGAUACCAGUGGAAGUAAGGAGAAUUCCAGCCUCUUGGAUAGUAUCUUUUGGAUGGCAGCUCCCAAAAACAGACGCAGUAUUGAAGUUAACCGGUGUAGAAGAAGAAACCCCUGGAAGCUUAUUAAAGUUAAGAACAAUAUCGAUGUUUGUCCUGAAUGUGGUCACCUAAAAUUGAAACAUGUCCUUUGUGGCUUUUGCUAUGAGAAAGUACGCAAGGAGACUGCAGAAAUCAGACAACAUAUAGGGAAACAAGAAGGAGGCCCGUUUAAAGCUCCCCCCACGGAGACUGUGGUCUUGUACGCAGGAGAGACACCAUCCCCACACAAUCAGGGCAAGAGGAUCAUUGAGCAAGACAAGAAGCGGCCAUCCUGGUUCACCCAAAACUGACAGCAAAGAUGUUAAAAGGGUAACUUCACAGUAAAACAUUUCUCCUGAAAUAGGAAGAGGCUUUGUUUUUUAUGUUGUUGGGCUUGUUUUUAAAUCAACCAAUAUAAAGUAUAAUUUAUAUGCAGUUAUAUGUGAGAUAAUUUGAAGAAUAUAUGAGUAAACUAAGUGUUUAUGCAAAGGUUCAAUGAAUUAAUGUCUGUUUCUAUUACAGUGUCUGGUUUUAAGGAAACAAACAUAAAAUUUCCAGAACAAAAAUAAAAUUCAUAGCAAGAA